CUCAGCAACUCCCUCGGCUGGCCCUUCAGCUAGCCUGGGUCAAAGGUUCACCAUCGGCUUUUGGGCAGUUCUGUGAAUGAGGAAAGUGCGAGGUGUUUCUUAGCCGGGAGAAGCCAAAACUUGAAGAAGGCAAAGUCAAAGCAAAUCCAGACAUUCCCGCUCCCUUCUGGCGCAUAUUCUGAACCUGUUUGGAGUGCCGGCGAGGAAACAUCAGCAUCGGCGGGAGGGAGGAGGGGAGAGCGCAGACGGCGGGGAUGACGAGCCCGCCUCCGAGUCACAGAGGCCCCGUGCGAGGCGGCGGUGGUGAGGGCGCCCAGCCCCGUUUGGCCAACGCGUCUCGUUUCCACUCCACAGGUGAUUCCAAUCACACUGAGGAGCUUGGAUGGCAUGGACUCUCUCGCAGCCAGCAGCCGCACCCGCCCGUGCAUUUUAAAUCGUGACAAAUUGUAGACAUUAACAACAAUGGAGCUUCCGCCUGAGGCGCAAUUAGAGAGACAUCCAUCCACACGCUUGGGAUCGAACAAAUUGGCCUUUUCAACACCGGGCUCAUCCGCAGAAAAUGCUGCUAAGAGCUCACGGGACCUCAAGGGGGACCAUCUGGGUGCUGAGGAUUCACACUUUUUCGAACUAGGACACAACGCAUUAAAGGACAAAUCUUGCUUUCAUACGGAAACUGUUGAGGAAUUUAUCCUACAGGGGCAUGAUGAAGACCUGCAUUUACACAGCUCACUGCAGGAUCACUCUUGCCCGAGCCAGAACCCGAAAGGAGAAGAUCUUAUCCAUGGUGGUCGACGUUGCUCCCAGUUGGAACCGGUUCCUCAUGGACAAAGGAACUGUUCUGUUCAUGGCGCGGAAACGGCUGGGGAAUUUGUCCUCCAAGAGCCUGAUCAAGACUUAAAUUUACUUUGCUCAGGGCAGGAUCGCCACAGUCCAAACCUGAAAGGGGACGGUCUUGGUGGAGGUCCAUGCUGUUCCACGUUGGAACCAGUUCUGAAAGAACUGAAGGACAGUUCUGUUUGUGUCUGUCUCAGUAAUGAGCAACUUGCAGUGGAUUUACAUGGACAAGAAGUUUUAAAAAACUGGAGUUUGUUGAACUCAAUGAAGGACUACUGUGGUCCACGUCCUGUUGAGGACCAGAACGGAUAUGCUCUUCUUCCUGAGGUGUCAUUCUUCCAUCAGUUUGAAGCAGGACAGCAUCUACUAAAGCACACUUUUGUGUGUGAUGGUCAAAGCAAAGCAGACAUUGAAAAGGAUUUACGCUUUCAGGAGCAUGGACGAGAUGAUCUGAGCUUAGCUCAUAACCGUCCACGUUUUGCCCAGGACCAGCGAGCGGAUGAUUUUUCUCCUGAGGGUCCGGGCUGCUUGGAAUUGGUUUCCAAAGGACUCGGGUACAAUUCUGUUUGUACUUACCUGAAUAAUGCAGAACCGGUUGAGGAGCUGUACUCACGGCAGACUGGACGAGGACAUACCCCUCAAGACCGUGGCUUCUUGAGUCUAUGUCGUGAGCAGCGUAGUCCAGGAGGGGAUGAUCAUCGUCUUGAGAAUCAAUGCUGCUCACGCUUGGAAUCGCUUACUAAAGGACUAAAGGACGCUUCUGUUUGUGUUGGCCUUGAUAGCCUGGAUGUUGUCGUGGAGCAAGGACAGGCAUCUGGGGUGCUUGGAGAUGUGCCUAAAGUUCUGGCUGUUCUGAGUUUACACGAAGAUAAAUGUGGUCCACCUCCUGACCGGGACCACAGAGUGGAUGACCUCCUUCCUGAGUCUCAAUACCGCUCCCGGUCGGAACCAAGGCACAGCGGACUAAAGCAAAGUUCUUUCUGCGUCCGCCUCAGUCAGUUUGUAGAGCAUGAUGGUCAAGCGUCUGUCAGACAUCGAGAGUUGAAGCCUCAGAAUUAUUCGGCCGACACAGUUGACUUGGACCGAGAGGAUGUCGUCUUCACGAAUCUCUCAAACAGCCGCGUCGGUCAAACAUUGAAUAAUUACCGCGCACACUCUUCACCCGCAGCUAAUUCUUGCCAAGGGACCCAUGAACUGCCCCGUGUCGUCAAACACAAGCAGAGUUCCAUCACUUUCUCGGACUACGCCAAGAAUCACGCCGACGUUUACGGCAGCUUGGACGAUGGUGAGUCCUCGGGGGACGAGGACGACGAACGGGCCGAAGGCGACGAGGACGAUGACGUGUUCCUGGAGCUGUGGCCGAGCACGGAGCGCCGAGUUCAUCAACGGCACAAGAGGGAACGUGGCAAGAGGCAGAGCGACUGCAGUAGAGGGCCCACAAGAGGCGAUACGUGUCGUUUCGAAGCAGAGCCAGACAGCAGCAGGAAGGAGGAGUCCCCGCAGCUCGAGCCUCCCUGGUCUGAGUCCAUGAGCCGGCUGAUGAAGAAGCUGGACCAGCUCAAUCUGGACAUCGAGGAGGCUCUGAGCGCAGGCUCCUCCCCUUCUGACACGCCCUGCACCGCACGCAAGAAACGGGUUUUCAACACGAUGACAAGUGAAGCAGGAGCAGGUAGGAUGACAACUCUUCGGUGGGAAUUUUCCGGAGCUAUGCUACCGCUACACUCUGAAGUCGAGGCGAAGGAGGCGUGCGACUGGCUGCGGGCCGCCGGGUUUCCCCAGUAUGCUCAACUCUUUGAAGAUUCCCAGUUCCCCAUUGACAUCAGCCCUGUGAAACGAGACCAUGACUUCCUGGACAAAGAUCUCGUUGAGCCUCUUUGCAGGCGACUCAACACCUUAAAUAAGUGUGCCUCCUUGAAACUUGAUGUCAGCCUCCCAAAGAAGAAAAGCGAAGACUCUGACGAGGAAGACCUGUUUGCCAUUAGUGACAAAUGGACGUUUGAAUGGAGCAGCAGACGCUGGUCCAGGCUGCAGGACAUUGACUGUCUCCUGGGAAACCGAGGAUUAGAUCCGUCCGCUGGAGACAGCCUGCCUCUAAGAACCACGACCAGCAGCGAAAGUGUCCUAACGGACCUCAGUGAGCCAGAAGUAUCCUCGGUACACAGUGAGAGCAGUGGGGGCAGUGGGCCUCGGGGUUUCGGCACCGAGGACUCCGACGGUUCCAACCGCACCUGCCCAGAUUCCGUCGCCAUGCCAGACUUGACGCUGCUUACAAUGUCUCACAUCGCAAAAGACAUCAGCCAUUAUGGCUCACUGCCCCACAAGCACGGCAAGACAAGUCGCACCCGUGCCAAAGACUUCCUGAAGCGCAUGGAGACGCUGCGCUCCCGGGGAGCGCUCGCGAGGGGUCGGAAGCCGUUGGUCAUCAGUUCGCCGGUGCUGCAGCGGGAGGCCCGCGCCCUCAAGACGCUGCCGUGUGCGGAGAUCAUAAACGGAGAUGGCGGCACUCCGGAGCUGCCGUCCCAUAAGGUUCCGUCCCAGUCCGGCAGCGAAGGCAGCAGCCAUUCCGGUGGAAGUGCAGGCAGCACACCCAGGCUUAAAGAUCGCAAGCUGUACCGGAGCGACCACAAGCGCAGUGGCAUGUAUUUAGAAGACGUGGACAUCUUCUCAGGCAACCAGGUCGCAGAACAAAAUCGCAUCAAUGAAUUCUGCUCCUACGAGGACCUGGUGGUCCAUAUUCCUAAUGACCACAAGCCAGGAACCUUCCCCAAAGCACUGUCCAUUGAAAGCCUCUCGCCAACCAACGGGGCCUCGGUCAACUGGCGCACAGGCAGCAUGCACCUGGACUCGGCGCUCAUUUCCUGCCGGCAGGAAGCCAGGCCUAUCACCCAGUGCUGUUCUCGAGGAAGCCGCAUCAGCGUUUAUGACAACGUCCCCGGCUCUCAUCUCUACGCCAGCACCGGGGACCUCAUCGAUCUGGAGAAAGAAGACCUGUUUCCUCACCUGGAUGACAUUUUGAUGCAUGUCAGCGGUCUGCAGCAGAUCGUAGACCACUGGUCCAAAAAUGUUCUGCCAGGCGGGGACGCGGUGUCAAGGCUUGACGGAGCAAGGGACGAUACGGUCGGCCUGCAGUCUUUAAGUCAGAUCACGCUCGACUUUGAGGCCGAUUCCGUGGCGGAAAGCCAGACUGCGCCGAGUGCUGGAGACGGCGUGUCUCUUUCAGACACGGAGGCGACAAGACUCGGGGAAAGGAGAGACUCGGGGGUAGGGGCUUCCCUAACAAGACCCAAUCGUUUGCGAUGGCCCAGCUUUCAGAUAUCAAAUCGUCUCAGCCACUCGGUGGCAUCGUUGCAGAUAACCAACCAGUCGGCAGGCCAGCUGAGUUUGUUACAGAGGUUCUCUCUGCUCCGUCUCACUGCCAUCAUGGAAAAGUACUCCUUGUCAAACAAACACGGCUGGACCUGGGCAGUGCCGAAGUUUAUGAAGAGAAUGAAGGUGCCGGACUACAAGGAUAAGAAUGUGUUUGGCGUGCCUCUUAUCGUUCACGUGCAGCGCUCCGGACAACCGCUGCCCCUGGGCCUGCAGCAGGCCCUGCGGUACCUGAGGAGCCAAUGUCUUGACCAGGUGGGACUCUUUCGUAAAUCGGGUGUAAAAUCCAGGAUCCAAGCGCUAAGGCAGUUGAACGAAAGCUCCCCGGACAACGUGGACUACGAGGACCAAUCAGCUUACGACGUGGCAGACAUGGUGAAACAAUUCUUCCGGGAUCUCCCGGAGCCGCUGCUCACCAGCAAGCUUGGGGAAACCUUCCUCCACAUCUACCAAUAUGUACCCAAGGACCAAAGAUUGCAGGCUGUCCAGGCUGCCAUUAUGUUGAUGUCGGACGAAAACCGAGAGGUGCUGCAGACGCUACUUUGUUUCCUGAGCGACGUGACGUCCUCGGUGGAGGAAAACCAGAUGACGCCCAUGAACAUUGCGGUGUGCCUGGCGCCCUCGCUCUUCCACCUCAACAUACUCAAGAAGGACAAUCUUUCCCCGAGGGCAAUGCAGAAGAAGUACGCGAGCGGCAGGCCGGACCAGAAGGACCUGAAUGAAAAUUUGGCGGCGACGCAGGGUCUCGCUCACAUGAUCACAGAGUGCAGCCGUCUCUUUGAGAUCCCUCGCGAAAUGGUCACCCAGUCGCGCAAUUCGUACGUGGAGGCCACCCUCCAGGCGCCCACAUUUGACGAGCUCUUCAAGCAACUGGAGGACGAGAACGGAACACACGAGAACCACGUCGAGGGGAGACUCGAAAACCUGCUCAAAGAGGCCCGUGAGAAAUCCAAAUCCUGGGUGUCCUGCAGCAGCUCCGAUAACACGGAGCUCCACUACAAAAAGGUGGGCGACGGGAACCCGCUGAGACGCUGGAGGGUGUCCGUGGAGGUGGAGGCGCCGCCAUCCGUCGUCCUGAACCGCGUGCUGCGGGAGCGCCACCUGUGGGAUGUUGACUUGCUGCAGUGGAAACUGUGCGAGACGCUGGACAAGCAGACGGAGGUCUUUCAGUACGUCCUCAAUCGCAUGCCGCCUCAUCCCAGCCGAGACUUUGUGGUUCUCAGGUCAUGGAGGACGGACUUACCCAAAGGCACCUGUUCCCUGGUUUCUGUCUCAGUCGAGCACGAGGAUUGUCCUCCCGUCGGAGCGGUUCGAGCUAUUGUCCUGGAGUCCAAUUACCUGCUCGAGCCCUGCGGCUCAGGGAAGUCCAGGCUGACUCACAUUUGCAGAGUGGAUUUGAAGGGAAGGACUCCGGAAUGGUACAACAAAGCCUUCGGCCACAUUUGUGCGGCGGAAGCCGCUCGCAUCCGCAACUCCUUUCAGCCGCUCAUCGCGGAUGGUCCGGAGACCAAAAUCUGAAACCCUUGAGCCUUUUCCGUCGUGGCGAAGUGAAAGAGCAACUUUGAACCCCCCCUCAAGCUAAGGCACAGUUGAAUCGAAUGUUGAGCUCCUCUUUUCAUUUGCACAGUAACAAAUUAUGGACUCAUUGGGAAGCGAAUGCUCAAACUUCAAUGCCUUUGAUCUCGGAAAUCCUCCGCAGUACCGUCUAAUGUUGUGUCUGCGUAUGGCGGAAUGCAUUACUGCGGUCAUAUCCAAUGUCUAGGACAUUUAAGCUCUCAUACGCUUCUGGGAAGCGCGUACAUAAUAAUCCUUUUAAGAUGGAAAGCUAUAAUUAUUCUUAUUGUAAAUGUGUGAAUAUACUGUACAUGCCACCAAGGUGUAUAUAUUGCAGAUGGUACGGUAAUUUCCGAUCGAUCGUGUCAUCUUUCAAAAAAUGUAAACUGGUUUUACUUUGGCGUUGAAAUGAAAAUUGUUUGUGUCACACUUGGACCUCCCAUGGCUGCGAAUGACAUAAGGUUUGACUCCAUCAAACCGGCUUUUGGCGACUGCGUGUGCUGGUGACAGCAAAACACACGUUUGUUUGUUUAUUUGAUUGAAUGGUUGUUUGGAAUAAAUCUAUCAGACUGAU